AUGACCAUCUCUAACAUGUCCUUCGCCGACGCCAUCGAGGCCCGCCGCUCGUACUACAACAUCACCAACGAGUCGACGCUCACGAACGAACAGCUCGAGCAGCUCGUCGCCGACGCGAUCAAGUACACCCCCUCGUCGUUCAACUCGCAGACCUCGCGCGCUGUUCUCGUGACUGGCGAGAAGAACAAGGCGCUCUGGAACGCCGUCUGGGAGGCCCACAAGGCCAACCUCAAGGAGGAGGAGAUUCCCGUCUACGAGGACAAGUUCAAGAACUCGUACUCUGCCGGCUACGGCACCAUCGUCUUCUACGAGGACCAGGACGCGAUUGACGGCUUUGUCAAGAACUUCCCCAUUGUCCAGUGGACGAUCAAGGACUGGGUUCAGACCUCGAACGGCAUGGCCCAGUUCAUUGCUUGGACUGCGCUCGCCUCGCACGGCAUGGGCGGCAACCUCCAGCACUACGGCCAGUUCGGCCCUGCCAACGCCGAGGCGAUCAACAAGAACCUCGGCGUUCCGUCGGGCUGGAAGAUCCCCCUUGCGAUGCUCGCGUUUGGUGUCCCUGCCGACAUCAACGCGCCGGGUAACCCGGCCUUCCCCAAGACCUUCCAGCCCCUCGUCGACGGCGAGACUGGCCGUGUCCUCGUCCGCCACUAA